CCCCAUAGGUGAGCAUGAAGAGCAGCUUGUUCUGGAUCACAUGAGAACUCACUCAGACCGCCUCCAGGAUUAUGUUGGAAAAGAGGAGGAUUUCUAUGACCAGGAACUCUGUAAACAGGAGACUAAUUCCAGUUUGGACCAAGAGGAACCAGAAACUCUGCAGAUAAAAGAAGAGCAGCAAGAACCAGAACAUUCCUGGACAAAAGAGGAAACCAUGGAGCUCCCCAUUAGUGAGCAGGCAGAGCAGCUUGUUCUGAAGCAGGAGACUGAAGAUACAGGAGAGAAACUGAGUCUUGUUAAAUACAUCAGAAUUCACAUUGACCACCUUCAGGGUUAUGUUGGAAAACAGGAGGAUUUCUAUGACCAGGAACUCUGUAAACAGGAGAGGAAUUCCAGUUUGGACCAAGAGGAACCAGAAACUAUGCAGAUAAAAGAAGAGAAGAAAGAACCAGAACAUCCCUGGACAAAAGAGAAAACCCUGAAGCUCCCCAUAAGUGAGCAGGAAGAGCAGCUUUAUGUGAUUCAGGAUAUUGAAGAGAAACCUUCCCCAUGUUUGACACGGGGAGAAAACUUUCUAAAAAGUGAAAAUUUUAUGGUUCAAAUGAGAACUCACACAGGUCAGAAGAGAAAAAUGUUCACAGCGAAAUCUAGUCUUGAUAGACACAUCAGAAUUCACAGUGGUGAGAAACCUUUUGAAUGUCUUUCCUGUGGAAAAUGCUUCAAUUGGAAAUCUGAUCUUGAUGCACACAUCAGAAUUCACAGUGGUGAGAAACCUUUUUCCUGCACGAUUUGUGACAAAAAUUUUACUCAAAAAAGUCAUUUGACUAGACACAUGAGAAUUCACACAGGUGAGAAGCCUUUUGAAUGUCUGUCUUGUGGAAAACGCUUCAUUCAGAAAUCUAGUCUUGAUACACACAUGAGAAUUCAUACAGGUGAGAAACCUUUUUUAUGUCUGUCUUGUGGAAAACGCUUCAUUCAGAAAUCUGAUCUUGAUACACACAUCAGAAUUCACAGUGGUGAGAAACCUUUUUCCUGUACUAUUUGUGACAAACAGUUUACACGACAGGGUUAUCUAAAUGAACACAUGAGAAUUCACACAGGGGAGAAGCCUUUUGAAUGUCUUUCCUGUGGAAAAAGCUUCACUCGGAAAUCUGAUCUUGAUGCACACAUCAGAAUUCACACAGGUGAGAAACCUUUUUCCUGUACCUUUUGUAAUGUGAAUUUUACUCAAAAAAGUCAUUUGACUAGACACAUGAGAACUCACACAGGUGAGAAGCCUUUUGAAUGUCUUUCCUGUGGAAAAAGCUUCACUCGGAAACCUCAUCUUGAUGCACACAUCAGAAUUCACACAGGUGAGAAGCCUUUUGAAUGUCUUUCCUGUGGAAAAAGCUUCACUUGGAAAUCUGAUCUUGAUGCACACAUCAGAAUUCACAGUGGUGAGAAACCUUUUUCCUGCACGAUUUGUGACAAACAUUUUACUCAAAAAAGUCAUUUGACUUAUCACAUGAGAACUCACACAGGUGAGAAGCCUUUUGAAUGUCUGUCCUGUGGAAAAAGCUUCACUCAAAAAUCUGAUCUUGAUGCACACAUCAGAAUUCACACGGGUGAGAAACCUUUCUCCUGUACUAUUUGUAGCAAACAGUUUACACGACAGGGUUAUCUAAAUGAACACAUGAGAAUUCACACAGGGGAGAAGCCUUUUGAAUGUCUUUCCUGUGGAAAAAGCUUCACUCAGAAAUCUAGUCUUGAUACACACAUCAGAAUUCACACAGGUGAGAAGCUGUUCUCCUGUACCUUUUGUAAUGUGAGUUUUACUCACAAAAGUAGUUUGACUAGACACAUGAGAAUUCACACAGGUGAGAAGCUGUUCUCCUGUACCUUUUGUAAUGUGAGUUUUAUUAAAAAAAGUAGUUUGACUAGACACAUGAGAAUUCACACAGGUGAGAAGCCUUUCAAAUGUCUGACCUGUGGAAAAAGCUUCACUCAGAAAUCUGAUCUUAAUACACAUCAGAAUUCACACAGGUGAGAAGCUGUUCUCCUGAAUGGUCUGUGAAAAGGGUUUUAAACAAGAAGGUUUUGGAGUAUUAAGAUGACAUUUAUUCAUGCAUGAUGUUUAAUGAUUUAUGUUUUUAAAAAAUAUAAAAUCAUUGAUGAACGAGCAGCAAUAAAAACCUCAUGGAUUGUAAAAAUGUGUUUCUUUAUCUGGUUUCAUAUAAAUUAGAAACAAUCUUUUUCCAUGUUUUCUCUGAUAUUUUCAGCCAAACUAAAGCUGUAAAAUAAAUAGUUUAAUGGCA